AUGUAUUACAAAACUGAUUUAUGGGAAGAAGCACAACUCCAAAAUAAAAUCAAUCAAGACUACUUCAAUACAAUUGGUUGGUAUCCAAUUGAACAAGAAGAGCAGCAAUUAGAACAAAAAGAAAAUAAUCUCGAAACACCAAUUCAAUAUUGUUUUCCGGAUACAGAUACUCAAAGAACAUUAACACGACGACGAUCAAUAAGACGACGAAAUAAUAAUAAAUACCGUCAUCAUCGUCAUCUACGAUUAAUACAACUAGAGCAAGAGCAAGAACAAAUUUCAUCUUUACUGAUAACAAAAGAAUGUAUAAUUUGCACUGACGAAAAAGAACUUGAUUUAUUUACGCGUGUCACUGAAGAGUGUAUUCAUGAAAGCAGUAUAUGUCGUGAGUGUGUCGAGACGCAUAUUAGAAUUGACAUUGAGGAUCGAGGGAACGUUAUGAUUCGGUGUCCGUUUGGCGAGAGUUGUGGAAUUUUGAGUGAAGCGGAUGUAAAACGAUUUGUGAACGAAGCAAUUUUUGAAAGAUACCAAAAAUUAUCUGUAAAUUCAGUGCUUUCGCAAAUGCCCGAUUUCCAUUAUUGUUUAAAUACAAGUUGUAGUUCAGGUCAUAUUUGUAGUUCAGAUCAAAUUUGUAGUUCAGGUGAAAUUUGUGGUUCAGAUGAAAUACAUUACGAAGGAAUAAUGACAUGUAUGGCAUGUUCACACAAAUCUUGUAUAAUCCACUCACUCCCAAUCACAAACCUCGAUUUUGGAUGCCCACAAUGUGCAUUUGAGCGCUCCACACAUGUAUCAAAUAUCCUAUUAUCAAAACACGCAAUAAUAACAGCAUUCAAAUACAUAUCAAAACUAUUUUGCCGAAAAACAACCACCUCCUCUUCACGUGAUGCCACCGCAACUGAAGCAACUGCCCAAGAAGAUGCACGCAAUAAACGAAAAGAAGCUGUGCGACUAGGAAAAUUACGAAAAUACGAAGCAAGGUCACAAAAAUUUAUUCGUGAAAAAACCAAACCUUGUCCGCGUUGCUCAAGACGAAUCCAGAAAACAACUGGCUGUGAUCAUAUGACAUGUAAAUUUCCUACCUGUGGACAUGAGUUUUGUUGGACUUGUCUUGCUGAUUAUGCUCUUAUUCGAGAAGAAGGAAACUCGCAACACUUGCCCAGUUGUAAACAUUAUUAUAGACCAUCGUGA